AUGCAGGUCUUUACAAAUUCUUGCCAGACGUUCUUGAGCAAAAUUCGAUGCUCAAAUCAUGUUGAAACUAAGAAAGGUGCAAUUUUCGAAAAGAGACUCAUCACAAAAUGGAUUCAAGAAAACGGAACCGACCCAGUGAACGACGCGCAGCUCGACACUGAUCAGCUGAUCGAAGUUCGACCAGAGUCAAUCGUCCGCCCUAAAGCGCCAAAUCAUACAUCGAUUCCCGCCAUCCUCAAAGCUCUUCAAGAUGAAACGGAUGCGAUCAUGCUCAACAACUAUUCACAAAGAACACAGCUCCAAACAACGAGACAAGAACUCUCCCAUGCUCUCUAUCAGCAUGACGCGGCAUGUCGAGUUAUUGCUCGACUUCAGAAAGAAACCAACGCGACGAGAGAAGCUCUUGCGACACUCAAGCCUUCUCAGGCUCAAGUUCCGCACGAAGCAGAUCCGGUCGAAGCCGACGGCGACAUGGUCGAAGGUCUCUCAGAAGAAGUCAUCGCGAAAAUCGAUCAAGAAAACGCUGCUCUCACCAAGGGCAGAAAAGAACUCGUCUCCAAGCGAAAGGCUGCUCUUUCUGGCGUCGAAAAGCUGCACAAUUACACGACGCAAAAUACACUCAAGGAUUUGCACGCUCCUGGCAAGCACAUUCUCUGCAUGGACAUGAGCAAGGCCGACAACACGAGAGUUGUCACCGGCGGUGCGGAUAAUACCGUCGUUGUGUAUGAUACGAAGGCAGGAGCUGUUCUAUCGAAAUUCGAUGGACACAAAGGCGAAGUGUCAAAAGUUGCGUAUCACUCGACAAAGGAUGUUGUUGCGUCGGCUUCGGAUGAUUCUACUGUCCGUGUUUGGUCAUUGGAAGGUGGCUCCGGAGCUACAAUUAAAGCUCACAAAGCUGCAGUUACUGGCAUCUCCUACCAUCCACUUGGACAAUACGUCCUUUCCAGCUCAAAAGAUCAGACCUGGGCCUUUUCAGAUAUCGAAUUAGGAAGUGUUCUGACGAAAGCAACAGAAAACGAGGCAAAGCUAGAAUCUUGCGAUUUCCAUCCGGAUGGUCUCUUCUUUGGCGUUGGAACUUCCACCGGCGGUGUGAAAAUUUGGGAUAUCAAAAAUCGCGUUGAAGUUGCCCCUUUCGCUGGCCAUAAAGGACCAGUUAAUGCAGUCGCAUUUAGUGAGAAUGGAUAUUAUGUUGCUUCUGCAGCUGGUGGAAACGAGAUUAAGAUUUGGGACUUGAGAAAGUUGAAGGAAAUCAAGUCGAUCGUCAUGAGAGAGGAUGAUUAUGUUGUGAAUGCUUUGAAGUUCGAUCCUUCCGGACAGUAUUUGGGCGCUGCUGGACAGGAUCUCCGUUUGUACAUGGCAAAAACAUGGGCUGAAAUUACUUGCUACUCAUCUCACGAGGAUGAGAUUACUGGCUUGAGCUUCGGCGAAAACUGUGCUACUCUUGCAUCGUGCUCUCGGGACUCAACUGUUAGAAUGAAUGUCAACAGUCUGAGUGCUCGCUAUGUUGAUGUUAAGGACGAGUACACGGCUCCACGAAUCGGAUCUUUGAAUAUAAACGACCAAAAGGAGCUCACGCUAAAACAGAAGAUCGCACAGACAGAGAUCGUUAUUACAUCCACGACGCAGUUUCCAGCUACAUGUGUGAAUCUAGAAGGAGAGUUGGAAAAGGUCGAAUUCGACAUCAGAGGCAUUGACCCUGCAAUGUCAAAUACAUUGCGGCGGAUCAUGAUUGCCGAAGUACCGCAGAUGGCCUUUGACAGAAUUCUGAUCUACAACAAUACUACUUUAAUUCAAGAUGAAGUUCUCGCCCAUCGAUUAGGUCUGAUUCCAAUAAAAGCAGACUUCCGACAAUUCAAAAAUCGAGCACAAAAGGAUAUGACUUCCAUUGACUGUACGAAGGCAGCUAAUGUUAAAGGAGCAAAAGAAGAGGACUCGCUUUUGUUCCACCUAAAAGUCAUUGGCAAGCAUCAAAAGAAUUCGACAAACCAUGUACAAAUUGUGGAAUCUAGUGAGUUGAAGUGGUCGCCAGUUGGAAAUCAGAAAGAAACGAUGAAUGUAAUGCCCUGCUUUCACGAUAUCACCAUUGCCAAAAUUAAGCCAAAGCAAAUUAUCGAUAUUGAGCUUCAUGCAUUCCGAGGGAUUGGCCGGGACCACGCGAAAUUUAGCCCAGUCUGCACAGCUUUCUAUCGACUUCUACCGACGAUAGAAUUCACAGAGCCGAUCCGCGGAGACGAUGCGGUCGAAAUCCAGAAAAUGUUUUCGCCUGGCACGGUUGAGAUUAUCGAUGACGAAGCGAAAGUGGUCAACGUCAGGGUUGACGCCAACUCGCGAGAAGUCUUCCGUCACAAAAAAUAUAGGGACAUUGUGAAAUUGGGAAGAGAUCGCGAGGUCGCGCUGUUUUCAGUGGAAACCGUUGGUGCUCUCAGUCCGUGUGUGAUCUUCAAGGAAAGCUGCAAGGUGUUGAUGAAUAAGUGCGAUGUUUUCUUGGAGGAGCUGACGAGAACGCAGAAUGAUGUGAAAGAUGAAAUGAAAAAUGAGUGA